CUCUGGGAUGGGAACCACGCUGCUUCCCACCCUCGGUUCCAGGAGUGAAGCGCGGACCUUUCAACAAGAGCUUUAUUGAUUCUCUCGCUGGGCUCCCGGAACGCGAUGGAGGCAGCCAAUUGCUCCCUGCGGGUGAAGAGACCCUUACUGGAUCCCCGCUUCGAGGGCUACAAGCUGUCUCUAGAGCCGCUGCCCUGCUACCAGCUGGAGCUUGAUGCAGCUGUAGCAGAAGUAAAACUUCGGGAUGACCAGUAUACGUUGGAGCACAUGCAUGCUUUUGGAAUGUAUAAUUAUCUGCACUGUGAUGCCUGGUAUCAAGACAGUGUCUACUACAUUGAUAACCUUGGGAGAAUUAUGAACUUAACAGUGAUGCUGGACACUGCCUUAGGAAAACCUCGAGAGGUGUUCCGACUCCCUACAGAUUUGACAACAUAUGACAAUCGUCUUUGUGCUUCUAUCCAUUUCACAUCCCCUACCUGGGUUACCUUGUCAGACGGAACUGGAAGAUUAUAUGUCAUUGGAACAGGCAACCGUGGAAAUAGUCCUGAAAAAUGGGAGAUUAUGUUUAAUGAAGAACUUGGGAAUCCAUUUAUUAUAAUUCAUAGUAUCUCAUUGCUGGAAGGUGAAGAGCACUCAGUAGCUAUGCUUCUUCUUCGCAUAGAGAAGGAGGAAUUGGACAUGAAAGGAAGUGGCUUCUAUGUUUCUUUAGAGUGGGUCACUGUCAGUAAGAAAAAAGAAGAUAGUAAAAAGUAUGAAAUUACCAAGCGUCAUGUUCUCCGUGGAAAGUCAGUGCCGCAUUAUGCUGCUAUUGAGCCCAAUGGAAACGGUGUAAUGAUUGUAUCCUACAAGUCCUUCAAGUUUAUUUCAGUUGAUCAGGAUCUUGAAGAAAGUAUGGAUGAAGACAGGUCAGAGAAAAUCAAAGUAGAACCUUUGUAUUACUGGCAACAAACUGACGAUGAUUUGACAGUAACAGUAAGGCUUCCAGAAAACUGUACUAAGGAAGAUAUUCAGAUACAGUUUUUGCCUGAUAACAUCAACAUUAUGCUGAAGGAAAUCCAGGUUUUGGAAGGAAAACUCUAUUCAUCUAUUGAUCAUGAAAGCAGUACAUGGACAAUUAAGGAGAAUGAUAGCUUGGAGAUUUCCUUGAUUAAGAAGAAUGAAAGUCUGACAUGGCCAGAGCUGGUGGUUGGUGAUAAACAAGGGGAACUUAUAAGAGACCCAGCCCAAUGUGCUGCAAUAGCAGAACGCUUGAUGCACUUGACCUCUGAUGAGCUGAAUCCAAAUCCAGAUAAAGAAAAACCUCCUUGUAAUGCUCAGGAAUUAGAAGAAUGUGAUAUUUUCUUUGAAGAGAGCUCCAGUUUAUGCAGAUUUGAUGGCAAUACAUUAAAAACAACUCAUGUGGUAAAUCUUGGCAGCAACCAGUACCUGUUCUCAGUCAUUGUGGAUCCUAAAGAAAUGCCCUGCUUCUGUCUACGCCAUGAUGUUGAUGCCCUUCUCUGGCAACCACACUGCAGCAAGCAGGAUGACAUGUGGGAGCACAUUGCGACCUUCAACGCCCUAGGUUACGUCCAAGCAUCAAAGAGAGACAAGAAAUUUUUUGCCUGUUCUCCAGAUUAUUCCUAUGCAGCCCUUUGUGAGUGCCUUCGCCGCGUAUUCAUCUAUCGGCAGCCUACUCCCAUGUCCACUGUGCUUUACAACAGAAAGGAAGGCCGGCAUGUGGGGCAGGUUGCUAAGCAGCAAGUAGCAAGCCUGGAAACCAAUGAUCCUAUUUUAGGCUUUCAGGCAACAAAUGAGAGAUUAUUUGUUCUCACUACCAGAAACCUGUUUUUAAUAAAAGUAAAUACGGAGAAUUAAUCCUCCAACAUUUGGCUGAAAAGUUUCCAGUGGCACCUGGAGAGCUGAACAGUUGUACUGUAACUUGUUAAGUUUUAAUGUGUUAAAUGAAAAUAUCUUUCAUGAAGUUUUAUUUUUAAAUGGUAUUGGAAAUGUAUUCAAGAGAUUAUGAAUCUGUAAAAGCUAUGGGAUAGAUGAAGCUACGGAUUUAGAGAACAUUGACUUCUGUAAAAAACAUGAUUUUGACAAAUGUAGUUAUUUUUUAAAAUCUGGUGAUUAAAUCUCAUCUUUUAUAUGACAAACAUACAAUUCAUUGUUUAAAAAUAAAAAUAUUUAUCAUGUGCUUAGCUCAUUGUUUAGAUUGCUACAGUCACUAUAUAGAAUGUUUAGGGUAGCAGUAAAAUACUGAGCAUUAUAAGGUAUUUUAAUGGGCUGAAGUCUGUGUAAAGAAUUGUGAGUCCAGAGUUACAAGAGUACAGCAGUUUUGAUAAUGUUGCUUAUAAACCUUAAUUGUUUUCAUAGUAAACAUAGAUUUGUUUAUGUAUUUGCUCUACUACAUUGUAGAAAGUUAGGCAUUUUCCAUUAUUGCAUAACCAAGUACCACAAAGCUCAGGUGUUUAAGAGUUUAUUCCAGCAUCUGGGAGGCUCAGGCUGGAGAAUUACCAGUUCAAGACCACCCUGGACCACAUAACAAGACCUUGUCUCAAAAUAAAAAUAACUCAAGCCGGGCGGUGGUGGCGCACGCCUUUAAUCCCAGCACUCGGGAGGCAGAGCCAGGCGGAUCUCUGUGAGUUCGAGGCCAGCCUGGUCUACAGAGCGAGAUCCAGGAAAGGCGCAAAGCUACACAGAGAAACCCUGUCUCGAAAAACCAAAAAAAAAAAAAAAAAACAACUCAAGGUUUAUGAUUCAUUUUUCUUGGUUCUGUGAACUGGCUUUUCAUGCUCUGGGUGGUCUCUUGUCUUCUGGUAGGCUCAGCUGUGCUUCCUGCCCUGAAAGAGAACAGUCUAAGAGCAAACCAGGGUGCAAGAGUUUGCCAAGCUUGAACUUCCAUGUUUGCUAAAAAAAAAAAGGACAAUUGUAGCACGAACCUUAAAAGUUCUUAUUAAUAAAAUCAAACCGGAAGCCAGGUGUUGGGGUGAAUGCUGGAAGAUCAGAGAAGCAGAACAAGCCAUAGCUUCCUUACCUUGCCAAUUCCUCAGACUUGCUAUUUCCUCAGACUGGAUGCCUCUCAGCUGAACUAUGCUGCUCAAAAGCCUAAAAACUUAACCAGCUAGUUCCUGGUUUUCACGCCUUGUAUACCUUUCUGCUUUCUGCCAUCACUUCCUCGGAUUAAAGGCUCACUUCCUGGGAUUAAAGGCGUGAGUCACCAUGCCUGGCUCUUUCUAGUGUGGCUUUAAACUCACAGAGAUCCAGAUGGAUCUCUGCCUUCAGAAUGCUAGGAUUAAAGGCGUGUGUGCCACCAUUUUCUGGCCUCUAUGUCUAUCUAGUGGCUGUUCUGUUCUCUGACCCCAGGUAAGUUUAUUAGGGUGCACAAUAUUUUGGGGAACACAAUAUCACCACAGACAAUGUGAUUCACAUGGCCAAGUCUAGACAGACAGCAGAGCUGUAACACAUUAGGGCCAUUGAUGUGACAGGCUCAUAGGACAGAUUAUACUAUAGUUGUCUCAUUAAAAUCUCUUUACUUUUCUGACAGUUUAUUUUAUUUACACAUUGAAUUUUUUCUCCAAAUAUUUGUGGUUCAGGCUUACUCCCCAAACUUCUUUCAAUUUGUAUUUAUUGUGGGUUUGUUUUGUUUUUAUUUUCACAUUAUUUUUAGAAUUCUUGUUUUAUUAAAGUCCUUAAGAAUUUAAUCGAAGAGGAAGAAAAUAAAGAAUUAUAAUAUGGAAAAUAUUUGUAUGAAUGUAUGUUUUGCCUAUCUGGAACAAAUACUUAACUGACUUAAAUUUAAACAAGUAUUCGGUCUAGGGAUGCAGCAGAAGCAUAAAGACCCGAGUUUAGAUUCCUGUAACCCACAUGGCAAAAAAGAAAAGAAAAACAAGCAGACAUGGCUGUGUAUAUCUGUAAUACCAGCAUUUGGGAGGCAGAGUGGGAGGAUUCUUGCUGGCCACACAGUCUAGCCAAAUCAGCUGAGCUCCAGGUUCUGUGAGACCUUGUCUCAUCAAAUAAGGCGGAAACUGAGCAAAGUACCUGGUAUCGAUAUUUGCCUCCCCCAUGCAUGAAUACACGUAUGCACACAGGCUCAUCAACAUAUAUACAUAUAAGCAUACACAUAUACAUAAUAGCUCACAGAGAGAGAGAGAAAUUUUAGCCAGUAUUUGACUGGUUAAUUUCAGCUAGGUGUGACUGACUAAUUUGUUGUUGCUGUUGUGGCUAAGUUCAUCUGAGACAGUUAGUUCUCACUGUAGCCCAGACUGGCCUGAAACUGGUAGUCACCCUUUUCUUACCUCAGUCUUCUGCACAGCAUUAUCCAGAACACCCAGUUUCAACUGAAUUUUGACUGAAUUUAAAUAUCAAUGAAAUUCUUGCAUUUGUUCUCCAGCAUAGUGAGUGAGACUAGGAAAGGAAGGAGGGAAGCAAGGAAGGCAGGCCAGGCCUUCUGGAGAGACAAAAGAGGCAAAAAAAAAAAGAGAGAUUACACAUUGAAAUUCUACAUAGCUCAGGGGUGGAGCUCUAGCAGUAGUAGGAUUAAAGAUCACUGAGUUUGGACCCUUUAUAAUCAUCGUGUAAAAUGAGGAACGCAAACUGUGGAACUCUGAUUAGUAGCCAAAAGACUGGGAUUUGAGAUCUUGGUGGAACUGUUGAAAAGAUCCCAAGAUUACUGUCUGGUGAGUGUUUCUAAUAAAAAACAAAAGGUGCCCUGACCUCCCUUAAGAGUUAAAUCCAGAUGAGCCUGUUAGUCAACUGGGAAAGAAAAGGCCCAGGAAGCCCUCGGUUCUAAGGACUCAAAGAAAUAAUACAGAGCAUACCUAAAAAUUUAGGUCAGUACUGUAGUCUCUCUGUCCACUGUCCACUUUCACCUUGAGGUUCCCCUAUGCCCACCCCACCCCCAGUGGCCACUUUGGCCAUUGCCCUCCUCAUCCUCAAAAAUGGCUCUUUUUACCUUGUAAUAAACUCUGCCUGUCUUCUACAGUG